AUGGCGCCGAGAAAGGCGGUCGCGAGGGGCAGUACCGAACGGUCCAGUGGUGCUGCUGCCAGUUCUGCUAAUGUAGCAGAACAACUGGGUUCUGCUAUGUCAACUCCCACUGAAGGCUCACGAGCCAAGACUCCCCGGAGAGUUGCCGCGAGAGGUAAAUGGAGUGAGGAGCAGCUCUUUACUAGCGACAAGUCUCUCCUCAUUGAUUUUGACCUUGUGAAACUGCUUGCGCAACCCGAAGCAUGGAACUCCCUUCAAGAAAGCGAGAAGCGGGAGAUCCUUGCUUUACUCCCCGCAAGUGUUCACCCCGAUGCGGAGACCACCUCGGAUGAUCCGAACGCCAAGCUACCUCCCAUCCCCGACAACUUCAUUCGCUACUCGAAUAACUGGCGUGAUGGUGUUCGUCAAUUUCAACUUGAUCUACAAAACGGCCGCUACGACCCUGAAUGGCUGCGCCAGGCUGAGGAUGCCCGACGGAAGCGUCAGUCUGGUGACUUCGACAACUUCAAAGAGCGUGAAUUCGAGCAGUUUUGGGGCCAAAAGCAAAAGGCAGCUAUGCGUGCAUUUGCUGGAGAGACGGCACAGGUGAAAAUGAAGACUCUUAUUGACGAGGGUGCUUUCCAGCUGGGUGAUAUCUGGAGGUUCGAAUAUGUCUACGGCAAGGGCGCGGACAGAAUAUUUAUUCAAAAAGAGACCCGGAUUCAUAAAUUUGAUGGAGCAAAGAUGACCUUUGCGAUUCCACCUGGUGAACGGGUAUUUCUCCGCAGCGCUUCUGACAAAGCCCGGAAAUGCGCCACUCCUGGAAAGGAAGAGAAAACUACAAAACCCGACACCGAAACACAGCUACAGACAGCUACAACAGCCUCCAACGAAGAGACCAAAGACGUCCAGGCACCACAGGAGGCCAAUGUCGAUUCCAACAACGAUGAUGCGAAGGUCAAUACCGAGACACCCACAGUUCCUGCCGCUUUCAACGGUACAGCCAUGGAAGUUGACACAGAAGCUCCCUUGAACGCAGCCCCACCAAACUUGAAAAACGAAGAGACGCAAGUCAAUACCGAGACAGAGUCGCAGACUGUCGCAGCAGCUUUCAAUGAGGAGGGUUCUGAAAUGGCUCCAGACUUCAGCGUUAUUAUUGUCACCCCCGAUGGCAAGAAGAAUUCGAAUAGAAUCAAGCGCCCAACCCCAACUCCUCAGCCCGAAUCUCAACCCCCAGCGAAACGCAAGCGAGGAAGACCUCGCAAGAGCCCCACUAAAGUACCUGAGCCUGAGCCUGAGCCUGAGCCUGAGCCCGCGCCGGAGGUGCCGAACGCGAAGAAGGCGAAAGAAACCAUCAAUGUCGAGAUCAAAGAUGAGGUAGCCGGACAGCCUAUGGAAAAGGCCGAUACUACCACAGCAAAGGCUGAGAUAUCCCCGGAGACUGAGCAGCACGACACCGAUACUCCUGCAAGCUCUCAGCAGCAAGACUCAAAUCCUACUUCGUCUCAAAUCACGGACAAUGAAUUAGAUGACAUCCUCGUCCCGAACAUCACGUCGCCUAACGGCCUCGCCGUGAAGAUCCUGCAGAUCGAUGGCCGCAUGCCCAAUGGCCGUGUUGCGAAUGGCUGGAAGGACAUCCGGUGCAUCCGAAAUAACCAGGAUAUAGGAAGUCUCUUCGACGUGCGAGAGGCUUGGUUCGUUCGGAACGAACAGAAAUAG